UCGGACUCGUCCUCGGGGUGUGAGUCGGACUGAAGCCCAGCACGGAGCCUGAACCCCGGCUCGCACACUGGGCUGUAGCCGCUGGAGCAGCUCUGGGUCCCGUAGGAAACUCUGUGUGAAACCAUGGAACUGGAGGAGAAACCCAAAUAUGGGGAGCCAAGGAAGUUCGACUCGUCCUUCAAGGGCCCAGUCAACAACAGAGGCUGCACAGACAUCGUGUGCUGCAUCCUCUUCAGCAUCGCCAUCCUGGGUUAUGUGGCAGUGGGAAUACUCGCCUGGUCCCAGGGGGAUCCCAGGAAGGUGAUCUACCCCACAGACAGUCGAGGCCAGUUCUGUGGGCAGGCCGGCACCAAGCUUGAAAACAAGCGAGACUUGUUCUACUUCAACAUCAUGAAGUGUGCGAGUCCCAUGGUGCUGCUGGAGUUCCAGUGUCCCACCACACAGAUGUGUGUGGAGAAGUGUCCUGAUAAGUUCAUGACCUUAGUCAAAGCCUACACCAACAAAAAGGACUUUGAGUACUACAAGACCUUCUGCCAGGAAGGCGUCACUAACACGAUGGGUGUUCCAGAAAUUAUGCGGUUAGAACUCUGUCCUGCCAUGCUGAUGCCGAGCAAGCCCUUCACACGCAGGUGUUUCCCAGCCUUGGGUCAGAAGGGGGGGGUGAUAACUGUGGGAAACAACUCCCACUUCGACGAUGGAACUGGGAAAAUUCGAGAUGCCAAGGACCUGUUGGACGGAGUCAAGAACGCCACCGUGGUUAUUGAGGCUCGUCAGGUGGUCAUGAAGAUCUUUGAGGAUUACACCCAGUCCUGGUACUGGAUUCUCAUAGGCCUGGUUAUUGCCAUGCUCCUCAGCCUGCUCUUCAUCGUCCUCCUGCGCUACCUGGCCGGGAUCAUGGUCUGGGUCAUAAUCGUGCUGGUGAUACUGGUGAUAGGAUACGGGAUCUUCCACUGCUCCAUGGAGUACGUUCAGCUGAAGGGAACGCCGGGCGCUAACGUGACUCUCCAGGAUCUGGGCUUCCAGACGGACUUCACCAUCUACCUGCAGAUCAGACAGACCUGGCUGGCCUUCAUCAUUAUCCUGGCCAUCGUGGAAGUCAUCAUCAUCCUGCUGCUCAUCUUCCUCAGGAAAAGGAUCCUCAUCGCCAUCGCUCUCAUCAAAGAAGCCAGCAGAGCCAUUGGUCACGUGAUGUGUUCCCUCUUCUACCCGCUCUUCACCUUCCUCCUCCUGGCCAUCGUCAUAGCCUACUGGGCCGUCACUGCUGUUUUCCUGUCGACCUCAAACGAACCCAUCUACAAAGUUUUCAACGAGACGGCGUGUGACCACUCGAGGACAGUUUGUGAGCCGGCUAACUACUCCACCAGUACGCAGAAAGCCGAGUGUCCCGACUCCCAGUGCCUCUUUGCGUUUUACGGCGGGGAGACAGUUUACCACAAGUACCUGAUCGUGCUUCAGUUCUACAACGUCUUCCUCUUCUUCUGGUGCGCCAACUUCGUCAUCGGCCUUGGACAGAUGACGCUGGCCGGAGCCUUCUCAUCGUACUACUGGGCGUCGGUGAAGCCGGACGACAUGCCGGCCUUCCCAGUGUUCUCCGCCCUCGGGAGAUCUCUCAGGUAUCACACUGGAAGUCUGGCGUUUGGUUCUCUCAUUCUCUCCAUCAUUCAGAUCAUCAGGGUUUUCCUGGAGUAUCUGGACCACAAGCUCAAAGGAACCCACAAUAAGUUCACUAAGUUCCUGUUGUGCUGUCUAAAGUGCUGCUUCUGGUGUCUGGAGAAAUGCAUCAAGUUCCUCAACAGAAAUGCCUACAUCAUGGUGGCAAUUUAUGGCAAAAACUUCUGUGCCUCAGCCAAAGAUGCCUUCUUCCUCCUCAUGAGGAACAUGAUCAGGGUGGCUGUCUUAGAUAAAGUGACAGAUUUCCUCCUGUUUUUGGGCAAAUUGCUCAUUGUUGGACUCGUGGGGGUCUUUGCCUUCUUCUUCUUCUCUGGGAGAGUGAGGGCCUUUGAUGAUACAGCACCCAAUCUCCACUAUUACUGGGUUCCCAUCCUGACUGUGGUGGUCGGCUCGUACCUCAUCGCCAACGGCUUCUUCAGCGUGUACGCCAUGUGUGUGGACACUCUGUUCCUCUGCUUCUGUGAAGACCUGGAGCGCAAUGACGGUUCAGCCGCGAGGCCUUAUUACAUGUCGUCGACCCUUCACGAGAUUCUGAUGAAGGACAAGGCCGAGGAUCCGCCCUCGUCUUCGUCUCUGCGCCGAGACGAAGAAGACGUCCAGAAGGCAGAGCAGCCCAGUAAAGAGGAGGACGCUGCUUCUUAGAGGAGUUUCUCAUAGAAGAAUUGAUCACUGAAGGCCUGACUCCUUUUUAACGGCUGUAGUUGAACCCUGAUAUGUUGGAGGAGCUGGUACUUUGUUGUUGCCCGAUGGGAAAUUCUAAAUGUUGCACUAAACCCAAUCAUCGAGGCAGAUUGUGAUGAUGCUACAGAAGAUGAUGCCUUAAAGUGGCCGAGUUCAUUCACAACUUACUAGUUCCCUUUAACUCUUUCAACACAAGGAAACGUUGGACAUGAGAUGUUAUGAAUAUUGUUAUUCUUUAUUGACUCUUCACUAGUCUCCAGACAGUAUUUGUCCAAUCAGAGCUUAGCAACCGUAACCAGGAGCUGCUGGUCUGUCAACAUGGUGAAGCUGUGUGGCAGCAAAAUGUAGAACAAUUUUCAAAGUUUGAAAAAGAAAAAGCUUGAAGCCACAGAGACGUCUGGGGUUUAGCGACUGGUCAAUCGGACGUGAAGCAUGUCUCCUGAAAGGAGCUCUUUAAAGUGUACAUCUGAAUAUUACUCAUUCUCAAGCUGCUGCAUGAUUGAAGUGAUGAAGUGACAGUUUCCUACUGGACGUGAUUAAGUGGAUUAGAAACUUUCUCCUGUUUUCAGAUUGUUGUUGGUUCAUGGACAAACUGCUUCACUGAAUAACUCAUAUUUCUAAACCUUCCACUGCCACCGGCCAAACGGAAACUUUCAUGUGCCUCAGUUGUUAAAGUUGGUCUGUUUGUACUUUAGUGUUUAUGGACACAGAAGAAAAGACGUGAUCAUCAGUGCUAUUCUUCAAAAUGCUGUUCUAUCAAUGCACUUUAACUUCUGUUCACAUGCGUAUAUCUGUACGAGUUUUUACUGUAGAUCUUUGUAGAUUUUUAAUCUUAAUUGCACAAAACAUGAUUUUAACUUAAAUAGAUGCACGUUGGCGACAAAUGUACCGAUUCAAUUUACAGUUAUUGCCUUUUUUUCUACUGAAGCCAAUUAAAAUGUUCCUCUGACCUCCUCAGGUUUACUGGUAUGAAUAUUUCAUAUAUUACAUAUAUAUUUCAAAAAUCUGCAGAACACAUAAUAAGGUGCUUCAGAGUUUCAAAUGGUCAAACUGUGGCUGUGUAAACGUUCAUUUAAUGUUG